AUGUGUGUUGUUAUUUCUAUAAUUGAGUCUAUAUAUAUGAUCUGCCGUCCUAUUUAUCACGGCGGGGCCUGUGGUCGGAUCAGAAAACUCAAUUCUGGCUUGGUCGUGUGUGUGUGUGUGUGUGUUGAGUUGGUAGUUGUUGGCGGUGUGAUUCUCUUCGCUGUUUCCUUUUUACCUUUUUUGGUCGCUUUUUGGAACAGUUCGCCAAGGUUUUCACCUAGUGUCGCUUUCCCCAGGUUGACUUUAACUCUGGUUUUGCGUUUGCAUUCCUGUUCAUUAUUUUUGCCUUUGGUUUGGGGGGGAAGUAUAGUAGGCGGAACUGAUUUGAUAGAAGAACGGGACAGUCUAUACAAACUACUCUCUCCAAGAAAGAAAGAACUAGUGAACAUACACAUACGGAUCAAAGCGAAAAUGUCAGAACUACCUGCUAAUUCUAGUACCGGUGGUGGUAGUGACGAGACUGUGGAACACCCACAGAACCGAUCUCCGGUUUCCUAUCAACAACAACAACCGCAAAAGAGAGAUUUGUCCGAUGACGCAAUACAGGUGGAAUCAGCGACAACUUCCUCCGGGAGGAGCAGCAUGAUAGUCACGCCGCUCAGAGACGCUAAACUCGAUGAACACCUCAUCUUGAGGAGGCAGAGCGGUGCGAUCAAGAUCGAGGACGUCAUAUCCCCAGUUGGAUUAGCCUCCCAGGGCAAACCGUUUAAAGAGGACGCGGGGGACACUAAGGGGAGCAAAGUGUAUCAGCAGUCCCUAAAGAGAAGGAAAAUUCCACCACCGCUGGGGGGAAUCUCCCAACAGCCAGAGGUGCAAACUGCCGCCACUGCCACUGCAGUUCCAGGCAGUACAACCAAACAGCAUAGUUUCUCCAGUAGACCGGGCGAUCCACGGGUGCAGUACCUGGGGAGAGUGCCCCUCAACAGCAGCGCAAGCAAUCCGCAAGCUGCACGCGGGAGGGCGUACCCGCAAACAGCAUCCACACCAUACAUCCAUCAAAGGCACAGAUCAUUUGGUGGGCUCCCCUCCUACCCGAUUAUGGCAACUCCCACGUUCCCGCAGAUGCCCUUCAACCCAUACCAAUACCCGCAUUAUAUAGAGCAGCAACAGCCACAGCAGCCAUACCCGAUGCGAACUCAGCCGCCACCACAGGCAAUGCCAAUGCCAUAUCCGUAUUGGGGGAUGAUGCCCAACUAUUACUCGCCCAUCCCACAGGACCCGGUUAUAUCCGCCAUGCCAGGGGCACGAAGAUAUCCCUACACAUACGAGCAAAACAUCGAGGAAGAAGGUAUGUAUGGUGCGGAGGGUAUUGACGUGGAGGGACCUAGCGGUGGCACUAGCGAUGGCAGCAACUACAAUGAAGGUAAUCGUAAAUCAGAGGACGAUGACGAAGAAGAUGAUGAUGAUGAUGAAGAAAAAGAGCUGAACGUUCAAAAUGACGAGGCGGGCUCGAUGGGACAAGAUCACGGCGGCGGGGUCCCCACGACCAAGAAUGAAAGCCCACACGAGGAAUCCGACUUGGCCAUUGAAGAGGGGGCGAUCCCAACUCCGAUGUUCACUAAAUUCCCCAAAUCGGCAUCGAUACGGCCUGAUGCGGACGGCGGGAAGAUGUUCGGCGAGAUCAAAGUCCAAAGCAGCAGGUUCUCCUUUGAAUUUGCACUGAAGCCACAGGAAUCGCUAAACAAGAAAAUAUUCAUGAGCAUCUGUAAUCAGAUAUGGGACGAAUCAAGAAACAGGGACACUCCUUAG